GCUGCUUCCAAGCGUUAAAUUUGUGCUGACAGGAUUAUUGUCACUUGAUUUCUUCAAAGAACCAAAAUGGAUGACACAGCAAGUAUGUUUUUCAUUUUUGCUGACACCCAUUUCAUUCAGGCUGCAAUUAUACCCUGACCCUUCAUAAAAGCAAAAAAAACAAAAAAACAAAAAAAAAAACAUAACAUUGUGGUCAUCUCGUUAUCAUCGCAGAUUUGAGAUUCCAUGUUUUGGGAGGACAGCACGGUGGAACAGAUGUAAAGCGUUGGUCUCACAGUUCUGAAGACUGGAGUUCAAAUCCCGGCCCCGCCUGUGUGGAGUUUGCAUGUUGUACCUGUUCCUGCGUGGGUUUUCUCCAGGCACUCCGGUUUCCUCCCACAUCCCAAAAACAUGCAACGAUAAUUGGACACUCUAAAUUGCCCCUUAGUGUGAUUGUGAGUGCGACUGUUGUCUGUCUCCAUCUGCCAUGCGAUUGGCUGGCACCAGUUCAGGGUUUACCCCGCCUCUUGGCCGAAGACAGAUAGGAUUGGCUCCAGCACUCCCGUGACCCUCGUGAGGAUAAGCGGCUCAGAAAAUGAAUGGAUGUAUGGAUGUUUUGGGAGUUCCACACCAGCUGGCAUGCCCACGGCGUGCGUCAUUGCGCAGAAGCGCGUCCAGCCCGACCCGGACAAGAAGGGGAUCUCUUCCAUUGCGGAUAGCACAAGUCAAGAAUCAAGGAAGCUAUAAAAUGUGGGCUCUCAUUCAUCGGCAGUCCUAGAUACCAGACUCUACUCGUACUCUCCAUUUUCUCUCCAGCCAUGGGGGUAUUUGUAUCUGUGGGGUCCCUUUUCUCUGUGGUCCUCAUUAGCAGGUUGUUAGAGAGCUCCAUGCUUAAUGCAGAAGUGAAGGAAGGUGAAAUUCUUCCGCCAACCAUUCAAAAGCUGAUGAAAGGAUAUAACAAGUACCUGAGGCCUUUCUUUGAUAAUGGUCCUGUGACUGUUGGCAUGAGCUUGGACAUUGCCAGUAUUGACACCAUUUCAGAGAUCAACAUGGAUUACACAGCCACCAUAUUUCUCCGGCAGCGCUGGACAGAUGAGCGUUUGGUGUUUGAGGGCAAUAAGAGCCUGAGUCUUGAUGGACGGCUAGUGGAGCUCCUCUGGGUCCCUGACACCUUCAUUGUGGACUCCAAGAAGUCUUUUCUUCAUGACAUCACUGUGGAAAACAGACUGAUCCGUAUCUUUCCAAAUGGGACCGUGCUCUAUGCGCUAAGAAUUACCACCACUGUGGCCUGUAACAUGGAUUUGACCAAAUACCCAAUGGACAAGCAGACCUGCACACUGCAACUGGAGAGCUGGGGUUACAACAUCAAUGAUGUCAUGUUCUACUGGACCAGAGGAAAUGAGUCUGUUAGUGGCCUAGACACUCUUCAACUUGCACAGUACACAGUGGAGGACCAUUACACCUCUGUGUCUGAGGCUAUCUAUGAAACUGGUCACUACCCGAAGCUGGUCUUUCACUUUGAGCUGAAGAGGAGCAUCCUGUACUUCAUCCUGGAGACAUAUGUUCCAUCAAGCCUGUUGGUGGUCCUCUCUUGGGUCUCCUUCUGGAUUUCCCUUUCUUCUGUUCCAGCACGAAUUUGUAUAGGAGUGACCACAGUACUGACGAUGACCACUCUGAUGAUGGGGGCUCGCACGUCGUUACCUAAUGCCAACUGUUUCAUCAAGGCGAUUGAUGUAUACUUGGGAAUUUGCUUCAGCUUUAUUUUUGGUGCCCUCAUAGAGUAUGCUGUGGCUCACUUCUGCACCCUCACGUACAGCGACACGCACAUGCUCAUGUAUGGCCACCAAAUGCACAACUUUGAUGAUGAAAUGAACGGCAUCGUCACAACCGUCUCUAGCCACUCUGAGAGGGCCAAGAGACAGAAGGAACCUGAUGCAGGUCCCACCGCUGCUCCCGCCUCCGCCGAAUUGCCAGUUGACCCGUCCAGCCCGACAGGCAGCGACCCCAAGCCUGAGGUGUCCCCUCCAAAACCCCCCAACUGGUGUCUCAUUGUACUGACCAACCUUCGCAAGCUUCUCAAUUUUAUAAACUGCUGUCACAUAGAGAAUCCUCACCACAUAGACAAUUACUCAAGAGUCACUUUUCCCCUGUCAUUUGUCCUUGUUAAUCUUCUUUAUUGGACAUAUUACUUGUAUUUUUAGCAUUUAUCCCAUUAUGUACACUGGGUGUUUAUUUCACUGUACAAACAAGAAGUGUGACUUAGAUGUAGGCGACUUUUUUUUAUAUAUAUAAUUUCCUAGCAGCAGCAUAAUGAUAAUGAUAUAAGAUUGUUUUUAAGGAACAAAAAAGGAAAUGCCCUCAAGGCAUCUUCUACUCUUUUGAUUCAGCACGGAUGUUUUAACCUACUUAAUGCUGACUGGUGAGAUCCGGUACACAGAGAAACUUGACGUGAAAAGGAAAAAGCGCUUCCAAAGAUGAAAACAAUUCAGUUUGCAUAUUUCUCACUGUAGCAUAGCUAUUCUAAUUGUGUCCUUCUAAGGUUGUAGCGACGAAGACAGAGAAGGAGCUUUAAUUUAUGACUUGACAGCAGAAAUGUCCAAUGAUGUGAAACGUAAAUGGAUAUUUAUGUUUUUGUUUUAAUACAUUUUCUUCAUUUUUUGUUUCUGUCUGAAGGUGCACAUUUUGAGUAAAACUGGGGAAAAUGGAUGAGUAGUGACAGAAAUAAAAGAAACAUACCAUGCUGAAGAAUAAUUCAUGAUGGGAGUAUCUUCAAAACUUACAUAGUGAGGAAAUUCAGUUUUAAAAAAAUCACACAAAUAGUAUUUUUGUCUCGAGUAUUCAGACUCCAUAA